GAACAACCCAACUAGCUAUGCGAAGACCGGUCCUUUCACCUUUUAGGCUACGUUCCAGGCGUGGAUAUGGAACAAAUGCAGCUCGAUCACCGAUAAUAAGGAUUGACAAUGGCACGUUCUAUCGUCAUCAUCCCAAUUCAACAACAGCUACAACUGGCGGAAAUCCUCCUUUAUUCAAGAACUUGAGGUUCGAGCUCCCGAGUUUUUCAGAGAAAGGGGAAUAUUGGUCCAUACUCGGUCCUUCAUCAAGUGGAAAGACAACAUUUUUGCAGAUUCUCAAUGGAAAUCAUCUUUGUAUCCCGCCACAAGCAAGGUCAUUUCCAUACCUUGAGUCAGACGAGAUUGAGCAGAAAGACCAUGAACUACGGAAUCCAGAUCGAGCAAUAAAAAGAGUAGGAUUCGAUGGCGAACAAGGACUUGGUGCUCAGGCGCCACAGAGCGCAUAUCUUUCUGCAAGAUACGAAUCGAGGAGAGAAGACACGGAUUUCAGCGUCCUGGAUUACUUACAGGGAAACACGGAACUGAAUCCCUCUCAAGACAUUCACGGGGGAAGGAUUGAUAAUGGUACAUUGCAGAGAGUUAUCAGGGAUCUGAGACUAGGAGAUCUGGUCGACAUGCCGGUCUCGAAUCUGAGUAAUGGGCAGACGCGAAGGGCACGGAUUGCUAGAGCGCUGCUUGGGAAUCCAGAGGUCUUGUUGCUGGAUGAGCCGUUUAUGGGGUUGGAUCCACCAACGCUGUUAAGCCUGAGUCCGAUGUUGAAGAGGCUCGUGGAGAAGAAUGCUCCAAGGUUAGUGUUGAGUUUGAGACCACAAGAUCCAAUCCCGGAGUGGAUUACGCAUUUGGUUUACUUGAAAAGCAGUUGUCAGGUUGCGUUUCAGGGGAGGAAGGAGGAGGUUUUGUCGGGGUUGAGGGAGUAUGUGGAGAGUGCUAAGAGAGGGAAUGUGCAGCCAGAUUGGCAUAUGCCGUUGCAUUCUAUGCAUGAAGUAGGGCGGAGUCUCACCAGCAGUGGGAUCGUGGAUUAUACCCCAUCUGCUGGCUUUCAUCCCAGCACUCACCCAGUGGUGAAUUCGACAAAGAAAGAGCCUGAUGAAACCAAAUUCAGUCGAGAUGGCUAUCCGAUGAAAGACAUUUCUACUCCUGACCCAGGAGAACCACUCGUCGAAAUGGAAGGCGCCUUGGUCAAAUACGGCAGCAAAGCCGUCCUCGGAAACUGGUCCCAAAGACUCCCCUCCUCAGCUCAACCUCAGCCGGGUCUCUGGUGGACGGUCCGCCGCGGCGAACGCUGGGGCAUCUUCGGCCCCAACGGCUCUGGCAAGACUACCCUUCUGUCUCUAAUCUGCUCCGACCACCCGCAAACAUACUCCCUCCCCAUUCGCCUCUUCGGCCGCUCACGCCUGCCUUCCCCGGGAGAACCAGGAAUAUCAAUAUUCGAUUUGCAGAGUAGGAUUGGUCACUCGAGUCCGGAGAUCCAUGGACAUAUCCCGAAAUCGUUGACUCUUCGCCAAGUGUUGGAGAAUGCCUGGUCUGAUACUUUCAGAGGAAUGCCGAAGUUAGAUGAGGAGGCGAGGGAGAAGGUUGAUGCUUGCCUUGGAUGGUUUGAGCAGGAUCUCCACCCAAGAGCCGGGGGAAAGGGAAGCAGGAAUUUGAAGUGGGCCGACGAGCUGUUGUUUGGUGGUCUACCGUUCUCGGCGCAGAGAGUUGCGCUCUUCUUGCGUGCUGUCAUCAAAGCUCCCGAUCUUGUGAUUCUCGAUGAAGCGUUCAGUGGUAUGGACGACGGUGUGCGGGACCGGUGUCUCCUCUUUCUCGCCCACGGCGAAACAAAGUCAUUCUCCCACCCUCACUCGUCUUCCGAGAUUGAUAAAGCUCCUAAAGUUGUGGAAAGUGAUGUGCAGAAGGAAGGCAGGGUGAAGGUGAGGGGAUUAGGGAACGAGCAAGCGUUGAUUGUUAUCAGCCAUGUGAAAGAGGAGAUUCCGGGGAGUGUACGGGAGUGGGUUUGCCUUCCUGAAGCUAAUACGGGUAGACCAGCAAGGUUUGGGAGGUUGGAAGGCCCGGUUGAGGGGGAUUAUCGACGAUGGAGUGAGAUCUGGGGCAUGAGAGAGCCGGCAUGAAAGCUGGAAAAAAUCAAAAUGGUGAUUUGUGUUCAACGUCGGAAUGAUGAGCGAGUUCCUUUUGCCCAUUGUAUCGGGCUGGAUCGCAGCAUGAUCUUGAAUUCUACAAAUGAGAAAGUUCUCUGCUUCCAGAAUUCGAGAUCUCAAGUGUGAUAGUUAGAUCUCACUAUGAUCCAGAAUUCCGCAAACAAGAUGAGGAAGUUCUCCAGACCCUGGAAGCCAUUGGCUCGGUUUUAAUCCACUCGCGCACACGUAUACUAUAUUCCUAAUUGAUUCAUGUUGC